GAGUUGAUUGUUGCCAAGCAUACCAGUUCGGUUUUCUCCCAAAAACCUUUUUUUACCCAACCCUGGAAAUCGGGCUGUGGAUUUAAUUUCUCAUCCGUUCCGAUAAAUUCUAAGGAUUUCCCUUCAAAAAUUGCCCUUUCUCCCACCUUCGGGCUCAUCCGGCUUUUUGACAAAUCUGAUGCAGUUUUUAGCGGUUAUGUUUUGUUGUAAGUUUGCCUGAGGAACCUUCCUGGAGUACCCAUCAGUUCAACUUGUAUUUUUAUUAUUAAACGACAUCUCGGAUUUAUAUCCAAUAACAAUUAAAUGAAUUAUCUGUCAAAAACGAUUUAAAAAUUUGCUGAUGAAAAUAAUUUUCUCCUCCAGAAGAAAAAAUCUACAGUAGGAAGAGAGAGAAAAACGAAGGAUCUCUAUAUUUUUAGAUGGUUUAACUAAUGUUGAGCACUCCUGACCUCAUAAAGGGGAUGGAUGAGGGUGAAUGCUUGAAUGUUAACAUCAGUAAGCUGAUGAAUCAAACAAAGACUGAGUGGAAGAGGUCAAAACCAAUCAGGACCUACAGUAAAGCAUCACCACCAAUGAACGAUACAAAAAGCCGGUAUGGCAGGUCGCACAAGCCCCGACUAUCAUGUGAUUUUGUUUCAACCGACCGAAAAGUCAGUCAAAUCCUUAAAGUUGAUUUUGACAACCAGAUGCAUUACUUCAAAUCGACACCAUGUAACUCAUACAGGGUAUCAAAAGCAGUGAUGAAUACGCCUUCUUCCUCUGGAAGUGGCAAAACAAAGGGAAGGCCUAGAAAGUUGGUAAUGGAAAUGGGAGCCAAGUCUGACCCUGGACCUCAGAUUCAGACACGAUUGCCGUUAGCGAGAAAACCAUUUCCGAAGGAACUAAAAGACAGGGAACUUCAAGCACCAGCACCAACCUCAACAGAGACCAUUCCAUUACCUUUAGAACUUCAACUGAAAAUGGAACCUCCAGAUAUUGAUGAUGAUGUCGAUGAUGAAUUACAGACAGACGAUCUUGUAAUAGGCGACCUUGCCUGGGCCUGUGUAGGAGGAUUUCCCUACUGGCCAUGUGCAGUCACAAAGGACCCUUUUGAACAUGUUUACACUAAACUCAAGUUUCUGGGCAGGGGUAAGACUGGAAAAGAGUAUAUACAUGUCAGGUUCUUUGGUGACAAUGGGAGACGAAGCUGGGUGGUUAAAAACAACACUAUGCCUUACUUGGGUAUCGAUCAUUUUCAAGCUAUGGUUGUGCAGUUUUCAACCCCUCAUUAUAAGAAAACUGAUUUGAAGCUUUUCAAAGCUUUCACGGUUGGUGCGAGUGUAAGAAAACCUUGGCAAGCGGCUGUUAGUGAAGCCGAGAGUCUAAGAGAAUCUCCUAGGUCAGAGAGAUUACAGUAUUUUGUAAAUCUGUACCCCGUGGCACCAAACAAAUUCAACACGUCAGUAAUUAUAACACCUGAGAAAAGGGUAACUGAAAUAGAACCAACUACACCUUUGCUUAAAAGGAAACACGAACAUGUCGAGGAGAAUGGGGCUGCAUUUGCUAGUGCAGAGGAGUUGCCCGAAACAAAACGGCCUAAAGUUAAGCAUGUGAGCUCUAUGAGUCCAACAAAAUCAAGUGUGCCUCUGGCCAACCAGUCAUGCAUUACUGAAACACCGAAAAACAAGAUUAUUACCAAGAGACGAAGGUCUUCACAUGGGUUUCUUGCGCAGGUGAUAAAACAAGAAACAGUUUCAUCUGAAAGUGCAUCUUUGUCUGAUGCAGAUACACAGAUAAAAGAAAUUAAAACUGAACUAGAACAACAACAAAACAAAUCCUUAGACGCAUCCACGAAUUUGCCAAGAGUGAGGAGGAAGUCAGACGCCCUGAAAAGGACUCAAGCUAGCAAACCUAGAAGUUCUGUGAAAAAAGAGGACAAUGAAUAUGAGUACUUUCCGUACAAAAAGAGUUAUAACAAAUCUCUAAGGGACAAAGGGUCUAAAGAGAAUAGGAAGUCAUCCAAACCUACCAAAGAAGAAAAAAAAUCGAAAAAAUACCCUAGUGGAUUUGAAACAUUUUCUGAGAAACAUUAUGAUCGUAUUUCUGAUGAAAAUCCUCACCUUUCCAAUGAUGAUGUUGUUAAAUAUUUGGAAAAAAUGUGGUUAGAAAUGUCAGACCUUCAGAAAUCAAGAUAUCGCUCAAGAUUGGCUGAAGAUCAAGGGAAGGAGGUAUAUGAAGAUGAGUCAAGAAGUCAGUCUCCUCAGCCAGUAGUUAUCUCUAACAGCAAGGCAAUAAAAAGAGGAUGGACUCUUUUUAGUGGGGUAAAAACUGACAAAGUGUGUCAUAUAUGCCUUAAAGGUGGUAAAAUUGUCAAAUGCCGUGGGCCAUGUGCUCUUCCUUUACAUGUAGAAUGUUCUGUGCUUCCAAGGCACCAAGCAUUUGUUACUAGCCCUCAACCAAAAGAAGAACGUUUGAAGAAACGAGGAAGAAAACGAAAGUAUAAACUUGAUGACAAAGAAGAAGCAAAUGAAAAGAAGGAAGAAGAACCUGAAGCAAAUGAAAAGAAGGAAGAAGAACCUGAAGCAAAUGAAAAGAAGGAAGAAGAGCCAAAAGAAAAUAAGGAAGUUGAAUCUAAUAUGAUAAAAGAAGACAUAAAGCAAAUUAAGGAGGAAGAUCCAAAGGAAACUGACAAAGAAAUCAAGGAAGAUAAAGAGGAAGUGUCUAAGGCAAAUAAGGAUAAACAAUCAAAUGGAAAAGAAUCUAAAGAAAAUAAGAAUGAAGAACCUAUAGAAAAUAAGGAGGAAGAUUGUAAGGCAAGUGUGGAAAAAGAGCCUAAAGAAAAUAAGGAAGAAGAACUUAAAGCAGAUAAGAAAGAAGAGUCUAAGGAUAAGGUGGAAGAAAAGCCAAAGGAAACCACAGAAGAGCUUGAGACAGAUGAGGAAGAAGCAUCUAAGGAUAAUAAAGAAGAAAAGCCAAAGAAAAACGCUGAAGAGCUUAACACCGAUAAGGAAGAAGCAUCUAAGGGUAAUGAGGAAGAAAAACCGGAGAAAAGCAUAGAGGAGCUUAAGGCAAAUAAGGAAAAGGCCAAUGGUGAUUCACAAGAAAGUGAUAUGGCAGAAAAAGAAAUUGUUAUAACAUCUGAAGAAGAAGUAAAAGUUGAAUCUAUUAGUUGUCACCUUAAUUCAGACGAAACUACUGUCCUUAAUGGUGAAGUGGGUUGUGACACAGUAAACAUCUGUUUGGCAGCAACAGAAUUGAGCAAUAACUUAGAAGUUGAUAAACUGUCAGUUAAUAAUACAGACUUUAAAACGGAAUUAGGAGAUAAGGAAAAUAAAAAAGGAACACAGGAUGUUAAAAAUAAGGGUGAACAAACAUAUAACGGUAAUGAAAGUAACAAAAUGGAGGUUGAAGUGACUACUGGACUUCCUACUCCACCACCCGAAAUGGAAAAACUGGGUGAGACGGAACCCUCUGAAAAACCAAUUUCCGAAGUGUCUGAGGAAUAUUCUGAUUCAGGAAGCUCAUCAGCUUCUUGCAUGAAAAAAGGGAAUAAAAACGAUUCCAAUGACGAAAAGAAGAAAGGUUGGAUGUGUAAAUUAUGUAAAGAAGGGAAAGAUGGUCCUUGUUUUGUCUGUGGCAAAGAAUCUGGCAAAGUGUACAAAUGUUGCACAAGCCACUGUGGUAAAGUGUAUCAUGAAGAAUGUCUUUUAUCCUGGCCUCAGACGCAGGUGUCUACUAGCUCCAAAAGUAAACUUGUAUUUCAUUGUCCACAACAUGCAUGUCACACUUGCAUUUCUGAUAAUCCAUCAGCUAAUCCACUUCGUUACUUGAAUGACAAGCUGGUUCGAUGUGUUCGCUGUCCUACUUCGUAUCAUUAUGGUAAUUACUGCAUUCCAGCUGGAUCAGAAAUUUUAAGCAGUACACAAAUAAUGUGUCCGAAACAUUAUGUUCAUGAGAAGAAAAGUCUAGCCCAUGUAAAUGCUGCAUGGUGUUUUCUUUGUGCCUCUGGUGGUUCAUUGAUAUGCUGCGAUCUCUGCCCAAAUAGUUUUCAUUUAGAAUGUCUUAAAAUCUCACCACCUGAUGGUUCUUUUAUAUGCGAAGACUGCGAAACUGGAAGGUACCCACUUUACGGCGAGAUUGUUUGGGUCAAAUUGGGUGUUUAUAGGUGGUGGCCUGCUAAAAUCCUGUUCCCACAAGAGAUACCUGAUAAUAUCCGAAUGUUGAAGCAUAAAUUGGGGGAAUUCGCAGUUGAAUUUUACGGAUCUCAUGAUUAUUAUUGGGUCAACCGGGGGCGUGUUUUUCUCUACCAUGAAGGGGACAGUAGCGAAAGUAUUGUGAAAAAUCGAACGGAUAAGCUUUUUAUGAAAGGUGUGGCUGAGGCGUCUGAGGCUUUUAAUAAGUUAAUCUUGGAAAGAGCUGAUAGAGAAGCUAGUCGACCUUUACAGAAACCACCGAAAUAUAUAAAAAUUCAAGUAAACAAACCAUACAGUUCAGUCAAAAACAUUGAACUAGAUUCAAAUAGCAUUACUCCUUGUGAGUGUGAUCCUAAGCAAGAUAAUCCUUGUGGACCAGACUCCAACUGUUUAAAUAGGUUACUUCUAGUAGAAUGCAACCCUGAGAUUUGCCCUGCAGGUGAAAAAUGUUGCAAUCAGAAUUUCGAGAAGAGACUUUACCCUCCCUUAGUCCCGUACAAGACUGAAACUAGGGGUUGGGGCCUCAAGACGUUGGUCCCCUUGAAGAAAGGUGAUUUCGUUAUUGAAUACGUUGGUGAGAUAAUAGACGAGGAGGAAUAUCAAAGGAGGCUUGAGCAAAUGCAGAAGACAAAAAGUGAAAAUUAUUACUUCCUCACAAUAGACAAGGACAGGAUGCUUGAUGCUGGCCCAAAGGGAAAUAUGGCAAGGUUUAUGAACCAUUCUUGCGAUCCAAAUUGUGAAACUCAAAAAUGGACAGUUAAUGGUGAUACUCGUGUUGGACUGUUUGCUCUCAAGGAUAUUCCUGCCAAUACAGAAGUCGUCUUUAAUUACAACCUAGAGACAAUUGGUAACAACAAAGUCGAGUGCAACUGCGGUUCUUCGAACUGUGCUAAAUAUAUUGGAGCCAAGCCUACCAAAAUCCCUGUUGAAGACAAAAAGGUGAAAGUUCCUGUCAAGAAAAAGAAAGUGGCCAAAAAAGACAAGACCUCGACAGGUGGGAAAUUUAGUUUGCCCACGAAAGUAACAGAAGAUAACUGUUUCACGUGUGGAGAAGGAGGAGAACUCUUGCUCUGUGAUAUGGCAACCUGCCCUAAGGCUUAUCAUCUUACGUGUUUAGGAUUAACAAGGCACCCUGCAGGAGGUUGGGUCUGCCCAUGGCAUCAAUGCAGUAUAUGCUCAAAGCCUAACGUCCAAAGGUGUACGCUUUGUAUAAAUUCCUACUGUCAGGAACAUGCGAAAUCCAAUAUCUCCCUCAAUAAGACGCAUGGGUUGCUUUGCUUCCAUCACCACAUUACGGAUAGUGGCUCUGAAACUGAAAAAGGUGAAGUGUCUGAAGACGAAGACGAGGAUGAUAUAAAACUGCCGAGAGCUAAGUCACCUUUGAAAAAGACAAUUUCUUAUUCGAGUUACUCAAGGCGUAGUCAGCAACUAACAAACGGACACCUUUAAUUUAAAGCAUAUGUAUAAAAUGUCACGGGACAAAAUGAAGAAGUACAUAUUUUUAGUUUUAAUCAUAUUUAACAAAACUGAAGUGUCAUCAACACUUUCAAUUAGUGCCUGUUAUUUUGUUUGUUUUAAGAAUGGACUUUUUACUAAAGUGAGACAAGAGAGAAAAAUAUGUUAAAUUAAUUAUUUUAGCAUUUCUAUUUUUAAAGAAACAAGAACUAUUAUUAUUGUAGUUUACAGCCCUGUUUAGAAUGCUUUUUACAGUGUACUUGUGGUUUUAUGAUUUUAUAAUAGUUGUUUUUAGUUGUUCUAAAUAUUGAAAUAAGUGUACAAAGAGAGUUGGUUAAAUUUAAAUAGGUAAGGGUUCAAAAGUGAAAGGUUAGAUUACAAAAUAAUUAAAAUAAAAUAAAUAGUUAAAAUAUUGCAAUGUGUAUAGAUAUAUCAGUCAGUAUAUAUGUGUGAAGGAGAUAUUAAAUGUUCUAAUCUCCAAAAAGACUUUGAUAAAGAAAUUUAAAUAAAUAAAAUUUAAGACUC